CUCUCUCCCUGAAAGGUGGUCGGAAUGUGGGGUAGAGGACUUAGUUAUUCUUAUAUAACUCAUCAUCUUUGAUUAGUAGAAUAACACUUUAAUAAUCUCAUCGCUCGCGCAUUUUCUUUUUCCUGCCAUGGCACUGCUAUUCUGCUUACGCAAAGCUAAGCUCUGCUUCCAAUACAGACAUCUAUAACAGGAGUCAUGUCGACGAUCACCCUCGCUCCCGGGCAAGUUUUUCGAGGCCCAAACAAAGACUACGAAGUAUCUGAAAUUCUUCGAGGUGAUGGAUCGCAUAUAUCCAUUGUCGCAAAGGCCGCGGUGACUCCCCAUGAUGACAAGGCUGACCAACAACAUCCCCGGUGGUUCGGAUUCACCAUGUCUCAUUUGAGUGCAAUUUCUGAUUGCUAAUUGCGCCCAUGUAGGGCCGUAAUAAAAUUGGCUGCUAGCAAGAUUGCCCAAAAAGGUCUACAGCGUGAAAUUGUUGCUUAUGCCCUUCCUGGCGUCAGCUCUGCCCGAUGUUUUCGACAACAUUACCCAUUAGAGAGCGAGAAUACCAUGGCUUUGGAAUGGCUAGAUCUCACUCUCGCAAAUCUCCUCUACAAACCUAGCAGGCCAGUUUACAACAUAAUCAAAGCGGUUCUACAUACGUGUCUGUUAAGUUAUGACAUUCUGGCUGACCAGAAGCACGUGAACACAGGUACAACGUUGAUGCGUGAAGAGUUUGCGCAUACUAAUUUGCUCAGACAUUAAACCUGCCAAUAUUCUCCUCUCCACUGUCAGAACCAAUUGCAAAGAUAUCAUUGCCAAAGUAGGAGAUUUGGGAUCGGAUGACUCAGCGUUAAAUCAGGCGUCACGUGAUUGUACUAACUUGUUUUAAGGACACGAAGCCGACACCAUAGAGUGCCAACCGGUUGGCAUGCGUGCCCCCGAGGUGUGGUUGCACCAUGGCUGCACCAUGGCUGCACAAGUCUGGUCUGUUGCGGCAAUGUCGUUAGUCUGGAUGAAGCCUGGCUUCUUCGGCGAAGACGGCGAACCCAGUUCGUCCUCCGUCGAGGCUUGGUGUAUUGCAAAAAUCAGAAGGCUUUUUCCUGACUGAGUUAUCUCCUGUCCUGAGGAGGUUGAGGAUAAAGAUCUGGAACAGACUAUGAAUGAUGCCAUGGCCAUAUACACAACUCCAAAGCCUGAGGAAGAACAAUUGCAGGAGAUUCUUCCAUUCGAUAAAGAAAUACAGAAGGUGAAUAUGCGGCACGAGCUGAGAUCUUUGCUUCUUAUCAUGUUGGCCACAGAUCCAAAGAAGCGACCAUCCUCGUCAGAUGUGUUGGCCUCGGCUGAGUAUCAAGCUUUUGUGAAAUUUGUAGAUGGGUUAUACAGUUCAACUUAACGUGCAUAGCCAAUCAGGCUUUACUUACUGCUUGCUAAAUAACAUAUUUAUUUUCUCUGUAUGCCAUCCUA